AGGCAGAUGGCUCUCAGAGGUUUUUCACUGUAACAUCACUGUAUGAGAGACGACGCCUGCUGCACGGUGCAGACAGGUCACAGAUACUUAUUCCUACCGGUAUUUAGCGUUAGUUUUUUUUCCAUUAGUUUAGUUUAUCUGACAGAGGACUUCAGUUCGUCACAAUGACAGCCCUGUCGCUGCUGCUGGUGGCCGUGUCGGCUGCAUAUGUCCUGGCCGAGUCCACUGUGUAUUUCCGAGAGCAAUUUGAAGACGGGGAUGCCUGGAUGAGUCGCUGGAGCGAAUCCAAGCACAAGUCUGACUACGGCAAGUUCGUCCUGACAGCAGGGAAGUUUUAUGGCGAUGCAGAGAAAGACAAAGGUCUGCAGACAAGCCAGGAUGCUCGCUUCUACGCAAUGUCAACCCGUUUUGAUGAUUUCAGCAACCAGGGCGAGCCUCUAGUCAUCCAGUUCAGUGUGAAACAUGAGCAGAGCAUUGACUGUGGUGGGGGCUACAUUAAACUGUUCCCCUCUGACGUCAACCAGGAGGACAUGCAUGGGGACUCUGUCUACAACAUCAUGUUUGGUCCUGAUAUUUGUGGCCCUGGCACAAAGAAAGUUCAUGUGAUCUUCAACUACAAAGGCAAGAACCAUCUGAUAAACAAGGACAUCAGAUGCAAGGAUGAUGAGUACAGUCACUUGUACACGCUGAUUGUCAACCCUGACAACACUUACGAGGUGAAAAUCGACAAUAAGAAGGUUGAAUCCGGCAGUCUGGAGGAUGACUGGGACGUCCUGCCUCCCAAAAAGGUUAAGGACCCGGAAGCCAAAAAGCCAGAGGACUGGGACGACAGGGAGAAGAUUUCCGACCCUGACGACAACAAACCCGAGGAGUGGGACAAGCCUGAGAACAUCCCAGACCCUGAUGCUAAGAAACCUGACGAUUGGGACGAAGAGAUGGAUGGAGAGUGGGAACCACCUAUGGUCACCAACCCUGAUUACAAGGGUGAGUGGAAACCCAGAGAGAUCAACAACCCUGCCUACAAGGGCAAGUGGAUCCAUCCUGAGAUUGACAACCCAGAAUACACAGCCGAUUCUGAGAUCUACAAAUACAACAGUAUCGGCGUGAUUGGACUGGACUUGUGGCAGGUGAAGUCUGGUACUAUCUUUGACAACUUCCUGAUCACUAAUGACCCAAACCUGGCUGAGGAAGUAGGCAACGACACCUGGGGUAAAACCAAGGAUGCAGAGAAAAAGAUGAAAGAAAGCCAAACGGAGGAGGAAAGAAAGCUGCGCGAAGAGGAGGACAAGAUGAGGAAAGACGAAGUAAAGGAGGAAUACGAGGAGGAAGAGGAGAAAGAUGAAGAAGAAGAGGAGGAGGAGGAAGAAGAAGAGGAGGAGGAUGAGCACGAGGAGGAGGAAGAGGAGGAUGAAGGCACAGACUCUAAACUCAAGGAUGAGUUAUAAACUCCAUGCAGGAACUGCUCAGAAAAGAAGCUGACUCUGUGUCCAUGAGCCAUCGAAACAAGGCCGCAGAUGAGAUGAUAGACCCUCAUGACUGAAACCCUGGGGUGGGAUGGGGUUUUUCAUUUGUUUGUUUGUUUACAAAGUGAUAGAAAAGGUGAAAAAGGGCAAUUUACAUUUCUGUUUUCUGUUUCUGUUUGCUACUACUAUUAUUAUUAUUAUUAAACGAGGAAUAGUAAUAGAAACCUGACUGAAGAUGUCCUAACGAAUGUCAAGAAACCAGAAACAAAAAAACAAAACAAAAUUAUUUUGUUUUUUCCAACAGAAAUAUAGAAAUUGUCUUUUGUGUUCUGCCAAAAUCUAAUCUGGCUUGUUUUAUGAAGUGUAAUGUUGUGGUGACAUGAAAAGCUAUAUUUGGUAUGUGGAUGAUACCAUGAAAAUGUUUUGUUUACCUCAUGUGUUUUUGUUUGUCUUAUUAAUCUGUGUCACGGUUUUUCUUGUUUUUUUGUCAUUCAUCUUACUCUGUCUCAAAAUCUUAUCCAAGUUUCUCUGACUCACGGAGAUAUAUGACAUGGAGACAAGAGUGCAUCAGGACUCAAACUAUGUAUUUACCAACCUGUUCAAAAAUGCUGUUGCCCAUAGGAUGGUAAUACGGGGUUCUUUUUGAUGAAAUCCCUUACAUAGUUUUGUACUGUACAGUUCAACAACACAUUUUCACUUUAGUGCAUAUACUCUAGUCUUGUGUGUCUAAAUAAAUUGUGCUCAAGCUCAGAUGUAAGAGCACUCCAGUAGCAAGAAAGCUUCAUCUUUGGUACGCUUUCACUUUUAAGUUUACUCAUAGUUGGUGUACACAACUAGUUUCCUCAUCUCUGAUGCCAAUAUCUCUGCACUGCUGUACCCAAACACACUGUCGCAAAUAAACUGAGAGUUGAUCCUUUUGUAAAAGACACAUUUUGUACUAAUGGUAGUAAAUUGAAACGGGAAGAUUUUCAUGUUGCUGUGUUUAAAAAAAGACAGGUGAUCUGUCCAAUAAAAACAUCCAGAGGA